AUGCAGGCUCCACCUCCCACCCCCAACUCCGGCUACCUGUCGCUGAGCGGCUCGCCCUCGAAGGACAGGAGACAACGCAUCCCGAACUCCCUGCCGACCCUGGCGAUGAUCCUCAACGACGAGAUCGCGACCAUGGAACACAUCAACAACGCACUCAUGGAGCAUCUGAACAACGACCGCGUCCUGGAAAGAUUCGAAUCCUUCAACUUCGCCGAGUCGGACGACGACGAGAACAACGAAAAGGUCGACGCCCACCACCGCAGCCGUGCGAACGGGAGCGACAAGAAACGAACCGAAUCGCCUCAAAACCGCUCCACAAACCAGAGCUCCCCAACCGAUGACCACCACCCGGACAUCGAAGGAAGCGUCCGUGCAGUUCUCGCCAGACACAGACGGGCCUAUUCCGCAAACGACAUCGGCUUCGCUGCCCAGCUUCCGUAUGACCCGGUCAUAGCUAGGGAAGUCGCGCGAGUCUUCCAAGUUUCAGAAGCCGAGAUGAGAAGGCCCAGGGCCUCGCGCAGAUGA